GUUCAGCCGGGGCAGUCGGGGAAGUGACGUCCUGCAUUAUUUGUCGUUCUAGAAAGAGCGGAGACACGUACUGUAGGUGGGAGGGCUCUAAAGAGAGCUGUGUCUUGUCCGCAUCUCUGCGUUGCUGAGACACUGGACACUGCUUUAUUUAUAGCAAGGAAAAUCUGAAUUCCUCCAGCACUCGGGAUGGGGAAAGAUUAUUACUCUAUCCUCGGAAUUGAAAAAGGGGCUUCUGAAGAGGAUAUCAAAAAGUCUUACAGAAAACAAGCGCUUAAAUGGCAUCCGGAUAAGAACAAAUCUCCCCACGCAGAGGAAAAAUUCAAAGAGGUUGCAGAAGCUUACGAAGUGCUGAGUGAUCCCAAAAAGAGAGACAUUUAUGAUCAGUUUGGGGAGGAAGGUCUGAAAGGAGGAGCUGGAGGAUCUGAUGGACAGGGUGGUACCUUCCGGUACUCCUUCCACGGUGACCCACAUGCUACAUUUGCAGCUUUCUUUGGUGGCGCAAAUCCUUUUGAGAUCUUCUUUGGAAGGAGGAUGCCUGGUGGCAGAGACACUGAAGACAUGGAGGUGGAUGGUGAUCCAUUUGGAUCCUUCACUAGUUUUAGUAUGAAUGGUUUUCCAAGGGAAAGGAAUACAGUUGGUAGCCAAUUACGUCGUAAACAAGAUCCCCCUGUAAUCCAUGAACUUAAAGUGUCAUUGGAAGAGAUCUAUCACGGCUGCACAAAAAGGAUGAGGAUUUCACGUAAAAGGCUUAACCCAGAUGGUAGAAGUGUCCGAACAGAGGACAAAAUUCUUACUAUUGAGAUAAAGAGAGGAUGGAAAGAAGGCACCAAAAUUACUUUUCCGAAAGAAGGAGAUGAAACACCCAACACAAUUCCAGCUGAUAUUGUUUUUAUCAUUAAAGAUAAACCUCACUCUUACUUCAAGAGAGAUGGAUCAAAUAUUAUCUAUCCUGUUAAGAUCAGCUUAAGGGAGGCUUUGUGUGGCAGCUCUAUGCACGUGCCAACGAUAGAAGGAAGAGCCAUACCUAUGACAGUAAACGAAGUUGUAAAGCCUGGGAUGAGAAGAAGAAUUAUAGGAUAUGGUUUGCCGUUUCCCAAAAAUCCUGACCAACGUGGAGACUUAAUUAUAGAGUUUGAAGUAAUUUUCCCAGAUAACAUUUCUCCAGCAUCAAAAGAAGUACUUAGGCGAAAUCUUCCAGUUUCAUAAAACGAAGACUGUGUAUCCCAACUGUUUAAAUAGGACACUGGAAAUGCAGAAGACUGGCAAGUCUAUGCUUUAAAAGUGCAAUCUGUAACAACUAGUGGAAUAUUUGUUUUUUUGGUUUUUUGGGAUGGGUGGGUGGGGAAUUCUGUAAUGCUGCAUGAGAAGAAAAGGGUUAAAUACAAGUCAUACAGGUGACUUCUGCAGUAAGAUUUACAGGGAAAAUCACUCAUUUUAUUUUACAUCUUCCUAACCAGAAAAGUCUAUUCAUUAUUUUGCCUCAUGUAAAAUGUAGUAGGUUUUUACCAAGUUAGCACAUAUUUCUGAUACAGUACUUGAGCCUCCAGGUACUUUAUUUCUUAUAUCCCUACCCUAUCUAUAACAUUACCCAUUUAUACAGGAAUCGGAGAUAGUAGUAGAAAUACACAAACAUAUAAAUAUUUUAAAGAGCAAAACAUGAAAGAUACCAUUUUGGUAUGUUGCCUUCCACUGCACAAAGCAUAGGCUGGGAAAAUCAGCUUGGACUCCUGAACAGCCCUCCAGUGAAAUGAAAGCAUUUUGUUUAUUGCCCCAGAAUGUGUGAGGACUGUACUGUGAGUCUAGUGAAGGGCACUGUGGCUUGAGGAGCAAGAGCAGCCAUUUUCUGUGGGGUAGUUCCUCAGCCUUCAGGCAGAACAGCGGGAAGGGAUUCUACAAGUACAUAAACAGCAAAUGGUGGGCCUGCUGUCAAAUGGGGCAGGGAAGCUGGUGACAAAUGACAUGGCUGAGGUACUUAGUGCCUUCUUUGCAUCAGUCUCUACCAGUAAAACAAGCCUUCAGGAAUUCCAGGCCCCUGAGAUCAGAGGGGAAGUCUGAAUUCUCAGUGGUGGAGGACCAGAUUAGGGUGCACUUAAACUGGAAGUCCAUGAACCUGACCGGUUGCACCCCUAAGUGUUGAGGGAGCUGGCUAAUGCUGCUGCAAGGACACUCUUAAUUAUCUUUGAAGAUUGUGGGGACUGAGAGAUGUUCGAUUAGAUUGUUAAAGAGCAAAUAUCACUCCUAUCUUCAAGAAAAACAAGAAGGAAGGUUUGGGGAGAUACAGGACAGUUGGCUUCGCCUCAGUCCUUGUGAAGGUAAUGGAAAAUCCUCCUGGAAGGCAUUUCCAAACUCAUGAAGGACAAGAAGGUGAUCAGGAGUAGUCUGCAUAGAUUUACAAAGGGGAAAUUGUGCUUGGCCAAGCUCAUUGCCUUCUACAGUGAGGUGACUAGUUUUGUGGGUGACAGGAGACCAGGCCAUGUUGUUUACUUUGACUUUAGUAGACAGACUGACAAAGUACAGGUUAGAUAAGUGGAAAGUGAGGUAGAUUAAAAACUGGCCAAAUGAGUGGGCACAGGAGGGUGUAACCAGCGGCACAAAGUCCAGUUGAAGGCAAGUCAGUAGUGGUGUACCCUGUAGCCCAAUACUGGAGCCAAUACUAUUCAACAUCUUCAUUAAUGACUAGGAUUAUCAGAUGGAGUGCAUCCUCAGCAAAUUUGCAAAUCAUAUAAAACUGGGAGGAGUGGCUGGUAACACCAGAUGAUGUUCUGCCUUUCAAAGGGACUUCAGCAAGCUGGAGGACUGGGCAGAGGAUUCUUACGAAGUUCAACAAGGGGGAAUGCAAAGGCUUGCUCCCUGAGGAACAAGUUGAGGCACUAGUACACCUUGGGAGCUGACUGGCUGGAAAGCAACUUUUCGAGAAAGACCUUGGAGUACUGGUGGACAACAAACUGACCGUGAGCCAGUGAUGCACCCUUGUGGCAACAAAGGCCAAAGGUUUGCUAGCAGGCUGAGAGGGGUGAUCCUUCCUCUCUACUCUAAGCACUGAUGAGGAUGUGUCUGGAGUACUGUGCCCAGUUCUGCGCUCCCCAGUACAAGAAAGAUGAAAAACUUACUGGAGCAGGUUUACAACAGGCCAUGUGUGAGAAGAGGAAAGCUGGAGAUCUUCAGCCUGGGAAAGAAAAGGCUUGGGGGGAUCUUGCCACUGUGUGUAAAUACCUGAUGGGAGGGAAUGAAGGUGGGGGAGCCAGGCUCUUCUCAGUGACAGGACUAAGAGGCAGAGGACACAAGGUAAAAUGCAGGGAAUUCCAUCUGAAUGUAAGGAAAUACUUUUUUGCGGUGAGGGUGGUCAAACACAGGAACAGGUUGCCCAGAGAGGUUGAGGAGCUGCCAUUUCUGGAGAUACUCAAAACCUGGCUGGACAUGGUCUUGGGCAGCCUGCUCUAGCUGACCAUACCUGAGCAGGGGUGUUGGGACUGCAUGAUCCCAAGAGGUUCCUUCCAACCUAAAUGAUUCUGUGAACUUGGACUUCGCACUUUUCACCAGGCAGUGCUAUGGGCCAUGUUCUGCAAGUGAGGCUUAGCCCAAAGAUGGGUGGUACUGAUGUGACAGCUUGAAUCCCUAGAGUAGGUCUAUGCUUGAGUGGAAGGAUGCACAAAGAACACUAAAAGCAAUUGGCUAGUGCAGGUAUUUAAAGAUCGUGCUGAUCUCAAGUAUUCAUUAUUUUCGAAGGCUGAAAUUUACUCCCAUGAAGAAGGCAAGCCCAGGUCCUAGCUAAAGGAAAGUUUGCUUAAGACACAAAGUGGGAUGGGGGUUGCCCAUAAACUUUCACAUGCUUGAAUUGAGUCUAUUUGAGUACAAAUAUGAAUUACUUGUCGUUAGAGUUAAAAGGUGCAUAGGGAAAUGGAGAGCCCUCUGUAAUAGUCUAGUUUUAUAAUACAGUAAUAGGGCUGGUUCCCUUGAUUGUGGCAAGAUUUUGGUGAAAGAAAUGCCUUGCAGGCGUGCUUUAUCACUCGAGUUUAAAACCAUAAUACAGUGCUUUAACAACA